AUGGAUUUUCACUUUCUCAAGGUAAAGAGAUUAUGUAAAAAAGCAAAUUUAAGGGCUUAUGAAAACCGGUCACAAUUUAGUAUGCAGCAUCUGAGUGGACCUAGGGCAUUAACGGGGAGACGGAGAGGAGGAACACUAAGAGAGCCAGGAAAGUCUGGAUUCAAACCCAGGACCCGCCGACCCCAAUCCCAGUUCCGCCUCUCCACUGCACCAGCCUAUGCUGGGAAGGACUCCUCGAGGUGAGUGCCCUUGAAAUGAGGACUUCGGUUCCCUAGGCGUGGAACCUGGGGGCAGUAGGUGGGGCGGGGGUGGGCGCUUACCUGGGGGAGCCCGCCCUCGCCCCGCCCCUCCCGGGCGGAGCCGACUCGUCCACCAAUCAGAGGGCUCUGGGGGCGGGCCCGGGGGGGUGCUCGGGCCCUGGCCCAGCAGUUUGAGCGGCGAGAGCGCUAGUCGACGAGACUCCGGGGCCGAGGCGAGCGAGCGGGCGCCUCAGUGUCCUUCCCCUCCCCACCCGUCGCCUGGCCGCCUUCUCUCCGCGGCCGGACCGGAAUUAUGUGAUCCCGGAAGUUCCGGCGCCAUUGCUGUGUGGGAUAAACAGUAAUGGCGGAGGCUGCAGCUCCCGGAACAACAGCCACACCAUCAGGAGCAGGAGCGGCAGCGGCGGCGGCGGCAGCGGCCUCCCCCACCCCUAUCCCCGCAGUCACCUCGCUGUCCCCGGGGGCGGGGGGCGGGGGAGGCGGCAGCGACGGCGGCGGCGGCGGCGGCGGCGGCGGCGGCGGCGGCUGGACUAAGCAGGUCACCUGCAGGUAUUUCAUGCAUGGGGUUUGUAAGGAAGGAGAUAACUGUCGCUACUCACACGACCUCUCUGACAGUCCAUAUGGUGUAGUGUGCAAGUAUUUUCAGCGAGGGUACUGUAUUUAUGGAGACCGCUGCAGAUAUGAACAUAGCAAGCCACUGAAACAGGAAGAAGCAACUGCUACAGAUCUAACUGCAAAGUCAUCCCUUGCUGCUUCCUCAAGUCUCUCAUCAGUUGGACCGACUGUUGAUAUGAAUAUGGGCGAAGCUGAGUCAAGAAAUUCAAACUUUGCAACUGUAGGAGCCGGUUCAGAAGACUGGGUGAAUGCCAUUGAGUUUGUUCCGGGGCAGCCCUACUGUGGCCGGACUGCCCCUUCCUCUGCUGAAGCCCCCCUGCAGGGCUCAGUGACCAAGGAAGACGCGGAGAAGGAGCAAAGUGCAGUGGAGACCAAGAAGCAGCUCUGCCCCUAUGCUGCAGUGGGGGAGUGCCGCUACGGGGAGAACUGCGCGUAUCUGCACGGAGACGCGUGUGACAUGUGCGGGCUGCAGGUCCUCCAUCCCGUGGAUGCCGCCCAGAGGUCACAGCAUAUAAAAUCCUGCAUCGAGGCCCAUGAGAAGGACAUGGAGCUCUCAUUCGCGGUGCAGCGCAGCAAGGACAUGGUGUGUGGCAUCUGCAUGGAGGUGGUCUACGAGAAAGCCAACCCCAGCGAGCGCCGCUUCGGGAUCCUCUCCAACUGCAACCACACCUACUGUCUCAAGUGUAUUCGCAAGUGGAGGAGUGCUAAGCAAUUUGAGAGCAAGAUCAUAAAGUCCUGCCCAGAAUGCCGGAUCACAUCUAACUUUGUCAUUCCAAGUGAGUACUGGGUGGAGGAGAAAGAAGAGAAGCAGAAACUCAUUCAGAAAUACAAGGAGGCAAUGAGCAACAAGGCGUGCAGGUAUUUUGAUGAAGGCCGUGGGAGCUGCCCAUUUGGAGGGAACUGUUUUUACAAGCAUGCGUACCCUGAUGGCCGUAGAGAGGAGCCACAGAGACAGAAAGUGGGAACAUCAAGCAGAUGCCGGGCCCAACGAAGGAACCACUUCUGGGAGCUCAUCGAGGAACGAGAGAAUGGCAACCCUUUUGACGAUGAAGAGGAGGUUGUCACCUUUGAGCUGGGCGAGAUGUUGCUUAUGCUCUUGGCUGCAGGUGGGGACGACGACCUGACAGACUCUGAAGACGAGUGGGACUUGUUUCACGAUGAGCUGGAAGAUUUUUAUGACUUGGAUCUAUAGCAGCUCGGCGGGGCGCGUGAACUGGUCUGCCGAGCCUCAGGCGGCAGCGGGCCUCGGGGGAUGGCGGCCGCACCGGGCCGCUCUCCUAGGCAGGCCUCUCAACUCCAGGUGCUGUCGUAAUCAUUUUUACCCAGGGCCUGUCUUCUCAACCCCUCACCUUUCCCCAAGGAGUAUGUUGUUUUCUCUGUUUGAAAAAGUUACAAAAAUAAAUCUGAAAGUUAGUUUUUUUGUAACAUGAAUUUAACUGUCAGACAGUUAGUGUAGGUUUGUCGCGUCACGUUUUUCCACCAGAUCCACACAGUUCGAGGGGAGCGUACCUGGAUUUCCAGGACUCAUUUUGGAGGGCCCCGGGUUCAGAAGUAUCAGCACUGGCCCCUGCUUUGGGGGGUCCAGGCAGCGGGGUAAUGGGUGAAGGAUCUGAACUGUAGCAAGUAGCUGCCUCCUGCUCUAGACGUGGGAGGUGGGUACUUGGUUUCUGGUAAAAUCUGCACAUGUGUUUUUCCGUCUGGUCUCUGUCCUGUCACCCCUGCCCUGUACACUCAUCCUGUGGUUUUGGUCUCUUUGUUUCAUUGCACACAAGUAAUACUACUACUGGGUAACCAGAACCAGGUGUGAAUGUAUUUGAGAUUUUUACCGUCUUUAGCGUGAUAGGAAAACUGUGAAAGAACACAUAUAAAAUGGGAGUGGAAGAAAAUAACGCAGAGUUGGAAGCUGACUCCCCAAGGCUGAGGGACUUGGGAUAUGUGAGUGUGAGUGCGUGACAAGCUUCCCAUCCCUGCAUAGAUGCAGUGUUUGUAGCCUUAGCGAAAAAACUCGGUUUAGUGGUUUCAGCCUCGUGUGGCAAAUAGAUCUUAAAGGACAAAGCAGUUAAUUGGUAGCUGUUAAUAGAGCAGUGCUAGCUCUGUCUGUAUAAAUAGAGAAAUGGGCUUAGCCACAGAAGUGCAAACUACCUGGUUAUCCCAUGUGUUAACACGACCUAGGGCUUGGGUCCACAGUUGUGUUUAAUGUAUGAUCUCCUAGACUUCUCAGUCCAGGCACUUUUGGACAAACUUUUGUCCUCAUUUGAGGCGUUUUUUUGUCAGGUUUUUGUGUUCCUUUUUUGUGGGUAUUUGCCUCAUUCCAUCCCCAAGCUUUGCAGCUAGACAGUGAGCUUCAAAACUACGUUCUAAGGCGUUUCCUGUAAUGGGGUCAUUGGUUGACAGUAUAGUAAGUCAGGCUUUUCCACUAAAAGGGGAAAGAGAGGCUGGUAAUCCAGAAGAUAAGCUAAUGUUAAAUUGUUAGAAGAAUUCCUCGAGCGGAAAUUUUAGCUUUGCGUUUUGUUGCUCUUUCCUGAAAAUAACUCGGAGGUGCCCCGGAUGUGUCCAUCUGCUGCUCUGAUGCCUCGGGUAUCACUCGUUCUCUUCACUUAAAGAAAAAAAGAUAAAAACAAAACAGUAAUUGUUGCAGAGGUCUCUGUAUUUUGCAGCUGCCCUUUUGUAAGACGCACUUUUCCCAAAUAAAACAAUUUUUAAAACCCA